GGGGGAAGGGAAGCUGAGAUUGGAGGGAGAAACAAUCAGAAACUGAGAUAUUGUGUACACAUGACAGCCCCUCCUCAGGACUCUGGUCAUACAGGAAGUCUAUCCAUGAUCCACAUCUCACUGGAUGCCUGCAGCUUUGGAUGUGUGCUGCUGUUUCAUAUGAGGCUGAAGACAUAACACAGCUUUGAUGCAAGCAAAUUAAACUGCGCCUGUACUGGUACCUCUAGGUCAGUACUGGAUUUGUCUUGAGUGCCAAAGUAAUGAAGUGUCUUGGACAGGGAGAACCCAGCCCUGAAAAGCAAUGUCAUCAUCCAUCUUCAGUGUACCUCUGAUGGGGCUGAGGAGUGAACCCACUGGCCGAGCAGAUCUGUGGAGGAGAGGAAGGAGGCAAGUUUCCAGGAAACUUGUGUAUUGAUGGAUAACCAUUUCCUCUGGUCAGCACUUGUAGACGGAUACCUGCACAUUCCUCUCUGUGUACACUUUCAAGGUUAGACUUUGGAGUGGCUAAUAAAACCAGUGUCCCAUCAAAACCACACAAUCACCGCUAUUACACAGAAACAGAGAAUAUGAUGUGCACAACAUGGAUUUCUUUCACCAGUGACAGUUUUGUGAUAUCAUACUGAUGACUGUGGACGUUGAGUUCUCUGUGUUUAUGAGGAGAUAAUGAGAAAGUCUUAGAUACUUGCAGUCACUGCAAAUGUGCACUACGGAAACCAUGGUGGUCCUUGCAUUAGCUCCUCAGCCCAGCUCAGUCCAAGACUUCAGAAGUCUGUAGAGGCCAGGAUCAGGAACACGCUCGCCAACCAACACACUCAUAUGCAAUGGAAGAAGACAUUGAUGUCACAUCCCAUACUGAGGGUCUGAAUGGUUUGUCCCAUGAAUGUAAACCAUUAGAUGAGAUCACCAAUGGACACUCCAAUCAUAAGCCUGUCAUGAAUGGACUGAUUAUUGGUCAUAAUGUCAAAGACCACACCAACGGCAGCGCACCGCUCAGAUCCCUGCCGAUUUCAGCACUAAAGCAGAAUGGUCUUCUGCAGACCCUGGCAGCUGGAGGGGACCAGCCUAAGCCUACAGAGGAAAAUGUGGAGUUGGAAAAGGCCAGACAGGAGUGGGAUGCUCUGGAGAAUGUCCAACCAGCUCUCACUGAGGACUCGACCCCAACCCCACUCAUCUCCUUCAAUGAAGCCCUGCAGUACUUCCAGACCACAGACCUCGGGGACUUGCUAAAGAACAUCCAGCCAACCAUUCGCAGGACAGGUCUGGCCGCUAUCACACACUUCCUCUUCGGACCUCCACGACUGCACCGGGAACUCUUGGAGGAGAGGGAUCUGGUUUUUGCCAUUGCACAGUGCCCUGUGGACAACAGCCAAACAGUCCACAUGCGUGUCCUGCAGACCAUUUAUAAGAGGCUGAUCGGCAGCAGGCUGGACUGUCCUCGCUAUGGAGCGCACUGGGAAAACAUCGGCUUUCAGGGUACAGACCCGGCCACUGACCUACGUGGCACUGGUUUCCUGGGACUGAUGCAUACUCUGUACUUUGUGAUGGACCCAGAAACUCUGCCUUUGGCUAGAGACAUCUACAAGCUAUCACAACACCCUACACAGAACUUUCCAUUCAGUGUGAUGUCAAUCAACAUGACCCGCAUCGCUCUGCAAGUACUCAGAGAGGAAGCCUUGUCCAAGGAGUGCAAUCGUCGUCAGCAAGUGGUUGGUGUGCUGAAUGAGUUCUACGUUGCCACGUAUCUGCACCUGUACCAACUGUGGAAGACCCAACAGAAGACCAUUGCUGACUCUGGCUUUGUACUAAAAGAAGUGGAGCUGUUUGCCAAAAAGAACCCCAAGCAGAUGCUGCGCCGACUAGAGGUCUUCCUGAAAGAGAGGCGGGCAGGUGGAAUCCCCCGUGGGACGUCGUCAGACCCUCAGGCCCAACAGCCUUCUCCCAGCCUGGGGGAGCGAGCGGCCAGAGCCGGGGCGGGACAGGGAAGCAAGGGAAAGGAGAUGCACUUCACAGGAGUGUGUGAUCUACCGCCAGACAUGGAGGGAGAGGCCAGACUCAUCUAAGCUAGACUCUGUGUGAGUGUGCGUGUGUGCGUGUGAGCAAUCCUGCUUGUGAGUAUAUCUAUUAGUGUAUUUGCAAGUGGCUUACUCAGCUAGAAGAAGAACCCCACCAGACCCUGAUCUAGGACCUCCUCUCUAGACCUUUUCAAACACUUCCACUCCUUCCAUUGAUGCUGGGGUGCUGCACUUUUGAUCAGAUUAUGCUUGGGGGUCUCUCAGAGUUAUAUUUGACUUUUUUUUUUUAUUUAUUUAUUUUUUUUUAAACAGAUAACAUAGAACAGUCAAAUAUAAAGAGCUGAUGCAGGUCAGAAACACAAGAUGUCACAAAAACAACAAGAAAGUGAAUGUUUGCACUUUUCUGUGGAUUUAGUAGCCAAAUCAAUAGCUGCCAAAUUCUUGUGGAUAAACUCUACCUGCCUAGAAAUCCAAAACAUACACACUUGACUUGUUUUCCAAGGAUCUCUGAGUCAGGUUAUGUUAGCAUUGCAGAGAGGGAGAGAAAGCAUGGAGCGGCUUUUUUAAAAGGCUUGGCUAUUUGUCUCACUCCAAGAUACUGCUCCUUCACAUGAGUAUGCUUACAGCCCAUAAUGCAACUGAAAGGCAGCAUUGUUAGGCAUAUUGUUAAGCGCUCUGUUAACUAAGUGAAAAAAUGAACCAGUUCCAAGCCCUUCUAUAGAGCAAACAUGAGUAGGUUUUCUCUCGGCAUGAGUUGGGGGAUAGAAAACCGAGAGGGCUUACAGCAGAUUUUGAGCGGGGAGUAGAAAUUGCAAGUAUACGCUGUUGUCAAAAAUCUUACUCAGUAGACUUUGAAUGCAGCUUGCUUUGAAGGUCUAAUCACUUUGCAUUCUCUAUCAGAGUGUGAAAGAAAUAUACGUUAUGUGAAAGAUGUGAAAGAUGUACAAGAAUGGACCCUCAGUCCGGAUGUGUGGAGGUAUAGCCAGUUGUUGGUGUACUCAUAGUGUCUGUUGCCAGGGGUGUGAUAGACUAGGUCCAGAGCUCCCACUUAAUAUGGGGGAAUAUAUUUUAAAUAAUUUUAAAAAAUAACUAUGUUAGUCCUUUCUGAAGGGACAGCUGUCAUAACUUCACAGUUAUGUAUAAAAGCACUUCAGAAUUUUGUUGUUCAACUGAUGGCUGAGUGACCGUGAGAAGGAUUUUUAACACUGUUGAAUUCCUCCUAAACAUCUGAAAGUCUUCUGACUUCUCAACUUGUCACGGUUAAAGCCAAGGAGACACUUCAUAACAGAGUCUGGGUGCUUGGCUUGGUCCCGGCUAAAGUCAAAGGUCUGGUAUGAGCUUUCUCUACAUUCCGUUACAAAGCAUGUGAUUGUAAUUUUUUUGACCAGUUAGAAAUUUAUUCCUGUGUGCGUGUUUGGUGUGUGUGUGUGUGUGUGUGUGUGUGUGUGUGUGUG